AUGCCUUCAAAUGAUCAAGAACCAGAUUAUGACAUUUUUAAGGAUUCAUGGAUCUAUGAGGUUAAGGAAGAUGAUGUUUCAAAUUCGUUCGAAGAUACAAAUAUUGCUACUUCAUUUUGUGAAAAUAUUGAAUCGAGCAACGGAGUCUCGAAAAGUAACUUGAUUAGUCUAUGUGAGAAUUUUGUGAAACACUACUUAUAUAUAUCUGAUGAAGAUAUUCUUGCAACAAUUAAAUACGAUAAUAUUAAAUGUUUUAAAUUGUUGAACUAUUGGUUAAAUGAUAAAUUAAGGAAAAUGGAUACUACUGACGAAAUUAGACAAAAAUUUUGCAGACAUAUAAAUAACAAUAAAAAAAAUUUUGACUUGGAAGAAAAUUUUAAAAACAAUAUAAUAUAUGCUAUAGAUAAAGAAGAUUUUGAUAAAAUGCAAUUACUAUAUCGAUUAUACGAUAAUUAUUAUAAAAUUUUUGGUAAAAAUAUUAACGAUACUGAGAAAAAAAACUGUUCCAUAUAUGUUUCUGCUUGCUACAAUGAUUAUAAAGAGGGCUUACAAAAAUGUUCAAAUGAAAAUACAAGAGACAUUAAAUUAUGUGAUGCACUAAAAAAUUUUAGAGAUUUAUAUGAAGAAAAUAAAUUAAAAAAAACAUUAUGCAAUGAUUCACAUUUAAAAGAAUUAUUGGAUUUAGAAUCAUUACACUUAAUAAAUGAAAAAAAUAUAACUAGGAGUGAAGAAAUUAUUUCCCCAGUAAAUGUACAUAUAUAUGCAUCACACAUAUGCGAUGCUUUUUUUAAAAAAUUAAAUUCAGAAUACUAUUAUGAUAUAUUUGAUGGUUAUGAUUAUGAAAAUAAGAAAUUAGAAUUAUUUAAAGUCAUCAAUGACUUUUAUAAAUGUUAUUUAAGUAUUAAAAAUACUAAUCCUGCAGAAGCAAUUAGUCAUCGCGCAUAUUUUAGAUUGUUUGUUUAUGAAUACGUUGACCUAUAUCAUGAAAUUAAAAGUGAAUGUUCUUCUAAUGGAGAUAUAAAAUCUUAUUGUUCACACUACAAAACCUACAAAAGAUUAUAUGAGAAGGAAGAUAAUUCCUAUUUUGAAAGAGGGAAAAGACCAGAAGUCAAAAAAAAAUUAUUUAAUCAACAGUCCAUACAGUUAGAAAAACCAAUAAGUACGUCUGGUUACAUUUAUGAUGAUGCUUCUAAUACAGCUAUAACACAUCCUAUAAUAUCGAUUUGUGCAUUCCUAGGAACAUUUUUUAUUUUAUUCAUUUUAUAUAAGUUUACUCCUUUAGGUUCAUACUUCCGAAUUAGCAUUAGAAAAAAGAAAAGAUGGAAGGGUGUUAAAAUCAAAACUAAUCGAUCUUCUUCUCCACCAUCUGAAUAUGAACUUAUAAAUUUUAAUAGGAAUGCAUAUGGAAUAUUAUAUCAUUCUUAA